GUCAAAGUAAUUUUUUUUACGAAACCGAAAAAAUAUAUAUCAUUCAUAUAUUGGUGCAUAAAGAUUGGUGCAUAAAGAUUGGUGCAUACCUUUUUAUACUUUCUCACCAAAAUAAUUAGAUAAUGUUAUGUAGUUCAUGUUAAAUGAUGCGAAUUUUGUUUUUACAAAACUACUACAAAGUAACUACUUAGAGCAACCCCAUCAAGGGUUUAUAACAGGUUCAUGGGCUCAGUAUCAUAGGGCCGGAUAAUAAAAAUAAAUCAUAUAUUGGGUUUAAUCUCGCGACCCGUCUCUUACGCUUGACCCCGUCCGAUACGGGUUUACGACAGGUGUCGCAUUUUCACUGGGGAAGGGGAGUCGACGUCACGCGGAGGAAAGCGAAGAGAGAAUCAUUUCUCUCAUUUUCGCGUGAAAGGCUAGGGUUUCCUCCUCAGGCGAUUUCCCGUGGGACGCCGAUCUCUCUCCACUUUUCUCUCCUUUUCUCGAUCGAUUCGACGCCGGAUUGUCUCCUCCAGGAGCAGAGGUGAGUAUCGACUCGAUUCACCGUUUAGAUAUAAGAGUUUUGUAGUCGGAAUCGCUAUUGGGAAUUCUCAAUAAAUUUUCUGAUCUCGAGUUAGGGUUCGUAAUGGAGAUGGGUUUGGAUCUACGGUUGUUUAACCUCGUAUAGUGAUUCUAUUUAUCGAUUAAUGGUUCGAUUUUUGCGGAUUGAAAAUCAAAUAGGGGUUAUCGAGUUAGGGUUAAAAAAAAUUUGGGGGUUUCGAUAAGUGGUUUGAAAUCGUAAACUGGGUUGGAUAGACGGUUCGUUUGAUCGUGUUAUUUGCAUAUUUUGUGCUAAUCUUUUCAAGUUUUGUGUUUCAGAUGGAUCUCUUAGAAGGGAUAAGAGAUAGUAAGAGGCAACUAGAGUACUUAAACCACCUGGGAAACGUGGCCGAUUCGGAAUAUGGAAUGCCCAGAAGAUGUGCUUGUGGUGGGAGAAUGAUUGACGAGCUUCGAGUCAAGGAUGAGUUCGACACUCAGCCUGGGAAGCGCUUCUUCAGCUGCGUAAACUACGAGGUUAGAUACAAACCCGUGCUACCCUUCAUUACUCAGCCUCUUCAUUAUUAGUUAAAUUUUAAAAAUAUGUUCUCUGAUGUGUUUAUGGUUUAACCAAGGCUGAUGGUUUGCAUUAUCGUCAGCCUUGGGUUAUAGGUGUGCAGGAGGAGAUGGUACGCCUGCGUAAGCGUGUUGAGGAGGCUGAUGAGGUGAUCAAGUGGGUGCCCAUUCUCAAUAAACAGAUUGAGAGUGUUGAGGCACAAGUUAAAAGGCUGACUUUGCUGCUUGAUAAGCUCACUGGUGACGUGUAUAACCUCUCAGUGCAGGUGGCUGCUCUGGAGAAUGUCUGUUUCGACUGAAAUCGAACAGGUAAACAUUCAAACUAAACUGAAGUAGAAGUUCUUUCCGCGUAGGUUGUUUGUUGUAGUUGAACUGAUACUUAACUUAACUAGGAACUCAACUAGUUUCAUUAAAUAUCUAGAGUAGGAGCUGUACUAGAUUUUAGGUUUCAUUAAAUAGUUGUUGGUUGGUUGCUGUGAUGAAUGGUCAUAAAAUAAAAUGCUAUCUGUCCGAAACUUGUUUGAGUUUAAAAAAUUGAUUUGAUGUGUAAUGAAUGCAUUCUGUGAUAAACUUGUUGUCUAAUUAAGGGUAAUGAAUGUUUGGUAGUUAGAAACACCUUUUAUAGAUACUCAAAAUCACUCUAAAUCACCACGCACUUGUCAAAAAACCAAAAAAAAAUUAAAACACAACCCGAAACCAAAAUGGAUCCCUUUUCUCUUAAUUCUCUCGGGUUUGUGAACCUAUUAUCUUCCCAGUGCAGUCAAACCACUCAAACCAUAGAUGUAGGGUCCUCUGAUGUUCCUAAACCGGUGGAGAGGAGAAAGUGGACAACACAAGAAGACAUAGUCCUCAUCAGUGCCUGGUUGAACACCAGUAAGGAUCCCAUAGUUAGUAACCAGCAGAAGUUAGGGUCUUUUUGGAAAAGAAUAGAGGAUUACUUUAAUUCAAGCGCUCAGCUCAUUGGCUUUGCUCCCAGAGAGUGGAGUCAGUGUAAGCAGAGGUGGGGAAGGGUUAAUGAGCAGGUGUGUAAGUUUGUUGGAAGCUAUGAGGCGGCUUUGAAGGAGCAAGCUAGUGGCCAAAAUGAGAACGAUGUCAUGAAGUCUGCUCAUGACAUCUUCUUUAACGACUACCAGGCGAAGUUCACACUUGAACACGCGUGGAGGGAGCUGAGGUUUGAUCAAAAGUGGAGAUCGACUUCUUGCGCAAAAGAUGGUGCAAAGGAGAGACAGAAGGAAGCUGCGGAGUCAGUCCCUGACUCGGAUGAGGCUAGGCCUCCUGGUGUGAAGGCUUGCAAAGCAGCCAAACGCAAGAAAAAGGGGAAUGAAGCAGCAUUUGAUCGACUAGAGAGCAUUCUAGACUAGAAACGGAACCUAUCGAAACAAAAAAUACUAGAUCGUCUACUCUCUAAGAAACUAGAAACUCUAACUGAGAGUAAGGUGGCUCUGAAGGACAAACUAGUUUCUGAGAUGCUCUAGGUGACAAUUUGAUAAUUUGUCUAGUUUUCUAUGUUGUUUACUUGAUAAUUUCCUUAGUUCAUUACUUGAUAACUGCUUUUACUUAGUUGCGGAAACUCUUAGUUCAUUACUUGUUAACUAAAACUUCUCUUCUUCUGUGUCGUUUUGCAGGUGAAGGUUGUUGGUUCUGGAGGUCACGGGUUCUACAAGGUUUAUUGCUUCUGCAUGUCACGGGUUGUGGAGGUCACGGGUUCUAGAGGUCACGGGUUCUGGAGGUCACGGGUUCUACUGGCGCAGCACGUUUUUUUCUGAGGUUGAUGGGUUAUCGUAGUAGUAGUAGUAGUUGUACUGUAGUGUAGUUGAUGGGUUGUGCUUCACAGGAAGCAUAUUGUAAUAGGCAAUAGUGUUGUUGUCAUGGGUUGUACUGGUGACAACACAUUUUCAAGUACUUAUUGUUGUUUAUGCAAGUGUCACGGAUGUUGUAUAACAUCACUAUAUAAUCUAUGUCUCAUUUAUGCAUUGGUCUCAUCUUCUUGUUCAUCUCUUCUCUCUAAAACAAUCAGAACACAACUCUAUUUCCCAUCUCUUAUCUAAACAAUCACAACACAACGCCCAAACAUUCUUCUUCUAUCAAGCGCAAACAUCCUUCUUCUUAUCUAACCCCACGCCCAAACAUUCGUCUUCUAUCAAGACAACCACAAGACAAUCCACCCACGCCCACACAUUCUUCUUGUAUCAGGCUCUUUUUUUUUUAAACACUUCAUCAUAUUUUCUUCUUCUAUCUCUUUUUUUUUCAAAUUUUUCUCUUAAUUAUAUUUUUUUUUAAAACUCCAUCAUAUUUUUAAUUUCAACUCUUAGUCAUAUUUUCUUCUUUUAUCUAUUCUUUAUUUUCUUUAAAAGAAAUGUCGUCCUCAUCGUCAGAUGGCGUAGAUGAAGCUUUUGAAGAAUUAUUUGACGAGGAAUUUGAUAAUAUCGUCGACUCCCUACUUGAUGUACAAGCCAACAAACCAAAAAGACGAGCUUAUAUCGAAAGAGAUCGGGAACAAGGUCACAUUCAACUAUGAAACGACUAUUUCCACGAAAAUCCUACUUACCCACCGGACAUGUUUAGGCGGCGUUUUCGAAUGAACAAGCCCUUGUUCCUUCGCAUUGUCGAGCGGCUCAGUACAGGUGUUCCAUACUUUCGGCAAAGACGAAAUGCUCACGGAAGGAAAGGGCUAUCACCACUUCAAAAAUGUACGGCAGCUAUAAGUAUGCUCGCAUAUGGUGAAUUGGGAGAUACGUAUGACGAAUAUCUCCGACUUGGUGAAAGUACGGCACUAUUAUGUUUGGAACAUUUCACUAAUGGGAUAAUAGACUUUUUUGGUGAAGAGUAUCUAAGAAGACCUACGGCGGAAGAUCUUCAACAAUUACUCGAUAUUGGAGAGGUACGCGGGUUUCCAGGGAUGAUUGGCAGCAUUGAUUGUAUGCAUUGGGAGUGGAAAAACUGCCCAACGACUUGGAGAGGGCAGUACACACGAGGUUCAGGAAAGCCGACAAUUGUCUUAGAGGCUGUGGCAUCAGAAGAUCUUUGGAUAUGGCAUGCAUUUUUCGGAUUACCAGGUACCCUAAACGAUAUCAAUGUUCUUGAUCGGUCUCCUGUUUUUGAUGACAUUAUACAAGGUCGAGCACCUAAAGUUAAAUUCAAGGUCAACAAUCACACUUACCGUAUGGCGUACUACCUUACUGACGGAAUUUAUCCGAAUUGGUCAACAUUUAUCCAAUCCAUCCCACUUCCUCAAGGUAAUAAAGCAGAGCUGUUUGCUAAACAUCAAGAAUCCACUAGGAAAGAUGUCGAACGGGCUUUCGGGGUAUUGCAAUCGAGGUUUGCAAUAGUAAAAAACCCAGGUCUACUAUGGGACAAGGAAAAGUUAGGGAAGAUUAUGAGAACUUGUGUCAUAUUGCACAAUAUGAUUGUGGAGAACGAACGAGGCGGAUACUCUCUAAGUGAUACUUCUCAGUUCGAGUCAGGAGAGUCAAGCAGAAGUUCGAAGGUCAAAAGGAGAGAAAGUUUGCAUUUGAAUAACAUGCUAGGCAUGCGCAAUGAAGUUCGGGAUUCAGGAAAACAUGAUAGUUUGAUAACUGAUUUAGUUGAAAAUGUAUGGCAAAAAUUUGGUAACAUAGAUGAAUAAUCUUUGUAUGUUCAUCAAUUAUCAAUGUAAUGAAUAAAUUUUAUUUAUAAAAUAUAUUUUAUAAUAUUA